AUGGCAAGAGAGUGUCCACAGGGUCAGUUGGCAGGCAAUCAGUGGAUGGCAGGUUUAGAGCCUACAGUUGGGGACAUGGGUCUCAUCCCUAAAGAAGAAGAAAAAGAUAAAGAAGAUAAGGAUGAUACACCUGAUAAGUUAAAGGAAGAAGAUUUUCCUAAGGGUGUUAAGCUUAUAGAUUUAGAGCUAGAUAAUAAGUACUUGUACAAUGACCCUAUUGAUACUAAGCCUAUAGAUAUACUGGAUGAUGUUGACAAUAGUAAUAUAGUUAAUAAUGACAUAGAUAAUGUUGAAAAUACUAGAGAUAAUGUUGUGAACAUUGCUGACAAUGUAGAUGUUUUUGAAGUUUGUGUACAAAUGGAUGAUCCCCAAGAGAAACAACAAGAUGUAAAUAAUGAAGAUACAAAUGUAAAUGAUGCUAUCAAUGAUAGCCAGAAGGUUAUGGCUGAGGAAAAGAAGGCAGAGGAGGCAUCGGCUACUGAACAAAGUGUGGAAAUGCAACCACCACUGGUAAAGAAGGAACAACUAGAGACAGGGAAAGAGAAACCUGAGAAUAAGUCAGAAGAGAAAAAGGAUGAAGAGAAGAAAACAAAGAUCGAUGAUGAUGAUAAGGAAUUUGUGAGUAUUAAAGGUCCAAUAGACAUGGACAAUCUGAGUUCCUUUGAAUUAAUGGAUAUUGCUACUACUAUGCAAUCCCGAGCAUAA